GUCCACAUGUAACUGAUGUGUACUGGCCAGUGUGUAUACAAUCAUGGUAAUGCAACGAUUUAGUGAACCUUCUUCUCCAAAUACAAAUGAUACCACCGACGAUAAUCAUCAGGUUGCCAAUGGUGUGAUUAAUUGGAAUGAGUAUUCUGUUGCGGCAGGUGGAAUAGGACCGGGUGGAGAAUUGACUGAUCAGACAACACCAGUUGGUUAUGUUUUACUAGGCUCUGAAAUUGUGCAUGCAGCUGAUGAAGGUGGAAAUGACAGUGAAACAGAUGAUAUGUUAUCGGAUAGUGAAAAUGAACGAGUAGGAAAUACUGUAAUUGUUGAACAUGAAUCGAGUAUACAAUCGUUUGAAUGUCGAGAAAAUUCAGACAGUCCUCGUAUUGAUGUAGACCAAUUACUUAAUCGGCAGUUGUGCAGGACAGAAUUUGAACCUCGUGGAGCAUUUGCAGUCUCGAGCUUAGUCACCAAUAUAGUUGAAGACUCGUCGCAUAUAGACUUGUGGAAUACAAAUGCACAUCCGUCGUCAUCGCAGAUUACAAUUACUCCAGACGAAGCAGAUACAAUUAAAACAUGCAUGUCAAACUUUCAUCUACCAGUUUCUCGAUAUCCUUUAUGGGCUACACAAAUUCCAGAAGAGUUAUGGAAAGCGAAACUUCUUGAAAAACUUGGCAAUAAGUAUCAGUCUUAG